CUAUCCCGAUCCUGCCAGGCGCUCCAAUCGCUUGUAGAGACCAUCGCUGGACCCAGGCGGCUGUGUCGAUCUCCGCUCCAACUGGAGACAGGGUCCAAACCAUGGCGGAGAAGGCUCAAAAGAGUGUGAAGAUUGCUCCUGGAGCAGUUGUAUGUGUAGAAAGUGAAAUCCGGGGUGAUGUAACCAUAGGACCUAGGACAGUGAUCCACCCUAAAGCACGGAUUAUUGCGGAAGCCGGGCCAAUAGUGAUUGGGGAAGGUAACCUAAUAGAAGAACAGGCGCUUAUCAUAAAUGCUCACCCUGAUAAUAUCACCCCUGAUGCUGAAGAUCCAGAACCAAAACCUAUGAUCAUUGGCACCAAUAAUGUGUUUGAAGUUGGCUGUUAUUCCCAAGCCAUGAAAAUGGGAGAUAAUAAUGUUAUUGAAUCAAAAGCAUAUGUGGGCAGAAACGUAAUCCUGACAAGUGGUUGCAUCAUUGGGGCUUGCUGUAACCUGAAUACAUUUGAGGUCAUCCCUGAGAAUACAGUGAUCUAUGGUGCAGACUGCCUUCGUAGGGUGCAGACUGAGCGACCACAGCCCCAGACACUACAGCUGGAUUUCCUGAUGAAAAUCUUGCCAAACUACCACCACCUAAAGAAGACUAUGAAAGGAAGCUCAACUCCAGUUAAGAACUAAGAACAAUAUACAACAUCAAGAUAACAGUUUGUCUUUGACCACUGUCUUUUGAGAGGGCCACAGUGUUUAUGCACUCUUAGCAAUUCACAGAUUAAUACAUGUUGACUUUAUUUUAUAAAAUUGAGUCAGAGAGGAAAGUAAUGGAUUUUCAUUAUAACUGUCCUCUGUAAUUACAUAAAAUGCAUUAUUUUCCUAUAUCCUUACUCCUUUUCUGAGAAUUUACAGGUUUGGUUUAUUUUUCUUUUGCCAUAUGUUGGCCAUGAUUUUAGUUGUGUAAAAGAUUCCCUGUGAUAAGAAAGGGCAUAUUACUAUGUAUUUAUAUUCUAGCAUAUGUUGUAUUCAAUAAAAAUGCUAGUGACGGGACUUUCAGUGAACAUACUUUGAUCAAGUUUUCUACUUGUGUUAACUUCGCUAAAAUAGCUCUUUUAAUUUUUACUGUGUACUAGCCAUAUUAAAGCUAAUGUGUUUAUCUUU